CUCCUGGAGAGCUGGGAAGUAUCAUGAGUGAAGAUCUCCUGAAAAAGGAUCCAUCGUCUCACGAGGGUUGAAGCAGAGAAGCCCGUCACUUUCUACCUUAGCUUAGUAAUCAAUCGAAGCUCAACCACGCAACCCAAGUUUACAAACAGCCUUUAGAGCUUCCUCCUCGACGCCACCACCUCUAUCCACCAUGUCGAAAUCUGCCCGCGCGCCCGGCGCGUCGAGCAAGCGUCUCGCCGAAGACGGCGGUGCGUCGCCUCUCUCUCAUUCUCUCCAUAGCCUCUCCUUGCAGCAUUCGUCCCCCUCCAAGCCCGCGCGUUCGCCCGCAGUCGCUGACCCUUCCUCAGACAUUUGCCCCGUCUGCAAAUCGUCGCGCUACCUCAACCCCAAUAUGCGCUUCCUCGUCAAUCCGGAGUGCUACCACAAGAUGUGCGAGUCGUGCGUCGACCGCAUAUUCUCUCAUGGGCCUGCUCCGUGUCCGAUCGCGGGGUGCAAGAGGACGCUCAGAAAGGCCAAGUUUAGGAGGCAGACGUUUGAGGACUUGAAGGUGGAGAGGGAGGUGGAUAUCAGGCGGCGCGUGGCUAGGGCGAUGAACAAGCAGGAAUCGGAUUUCGAGACGCUCAAAGACUACAACGACUACCUCGAGACCGUCGAAGAGAUAACGUGGAAUCUCAUUCUCAAGAUCGACGUGGAGAACACGGAGCGCCGAUUGCGUCUGUGGGAAGAAACACAGAAGGCCGAGCGCGAUCCGAAUGCUCCGAGACGCCUAGCCGAACCCGACCCUUCCCUGCCUUCAGACACCUCGCACGUUGUCCUUAAGAAAGGUGCCACGCAGCGGAAAGCCCUGGCAGCAUCGUCAGGCAACACACCCGAUCCAUUUGGAACAUCAGAUGAUGCGGACAAAGACGCAGGCUUCGUAUUCCACGGACUAAAGAAAUACGUUCCGCCGGAGCCAGAGAAGCCCUUUAACCCAUUCGGCGGCUGGGGCAUCGAGCCGAAAUACUACGUUUUCCAGAAGGACUACGACGUCGACUGGCUUACAAGACAAAAGAACGACCCUGGUCACCUCGUCGGAGGAUACGACAUGCAAGACUUCUACAGCCGGUGUUUACGCGAGGCAUUUGGCGGAUUAGGAAUAUUCAUCGAAGACGAGAUAAUAGCCCGGGAAAACCAGGCUUCAGGGGAUGCUGGGGUAGGCACGCGGUCAGCCGCUACCGCUGCAGCUGGAGGUAAAGAUGUGGAUAUGAGCGAUGUUUUCUAAGUUUAUGAUACCCAUUGGGACGGUGAUACUUCAUUGACGGCGUUCGGGAGCAGUGAGACUAAACCCUUCAAGGCAUUUGCGGCAUCAGGAAAAGCAUGUAGUCUUUGGGCGAUCUGUGUCUAGAUUCGAGUCCUCGUGCGUCGCCUGUAGAGGACUGUGUAAGAAUAUAUGGUUCGGACCAAAGCGCUGCCCAACUGCACCAGAGGUCAGGACAAGCUCUGCCAGCCAACAGAUCGCCAGUCGCCCCGUAUUUUACGGCCUGACUUUAGUAUGUCCUACAGAGUCUCAGACAGGCAAAGCCAGCAUCUGACCGAGAAGCGAGUUUGUGACAAACUUCGGUGGAAACUGCAAGCACCAAGUGUCUCAUUCUAGCUUCCUGGAGAGCUUUUAAAGUCAGGAGAUUUUCACUUUUCCUCACAUGUGCGUGGACAAGAC